CCCAACAGUGCACCCACCUGUGCCCUGCAGUGCAACCACCUGUGCCCUGCAGUGCAACCACCUGUGCCCAGCAGUGCCCACCAAUGCCACCCAGCAGUGCCACACACCUGUGCCCAGCAGUGUCAUCCAGAAGUGCCACCCACCUGUGCCCACCAGUGCCACCCACCUGUGCCCACCAGUGCCACCCACCAGUGCCCAUCAGUGCAGCCCAGCAGUGCUGCCAGUCAGUGCCACCAUCAGUGCCACCUAUCAGUGCUGUCUAUCAGUACCCAACAUCAGUGCCGCCUAUCAGUGCCACCUAUCAGUGCUGCCUAUCUGUGCCACCUCAUUAGUGCUGCCUAUCAGUGCA